UUCGUGUCUAGAUAAACCCAGCAAGUUUCCAGCUCAUUCCUUGAGCCGGGAGUUUCUGCCUCCUACAGUUCUGAGGAGAGGUUGAUCCCUCGGGUCCUGUGGCACGCUCUGGACGAGGGGAAAYGUCCUUUUGCGGAGAAGCUGGGACGGGGCCCGGGCGGUGAGGCUGGCACAGAGCAGCGCCCAGCACUGGAGCACAGCGAGUCCUUGACACCUUCUCUGCUUCUGCUCGGACAAGAAACMUUGUGGAGCCUCAGCUCUUCCUGCUGCAGAUUAAUGCCUAAAAUUAUACACCCUAAACAGCAGGGUUUAAUUACCAGAGCUGUGAAUAGUUUAAUUAGUUUGUUCUGACCUUGGAAGAAGGACCUGCCCAGCGCCGUAGAGCGACAGGAGAGCAAGACUGGUGUUGCUUCUCACUCAGAAACACGCAGCCCGCGAGGCCAUGUCGUCCCUGUACACCAGGAGUAAGGAAUAUACUCGCAGCAGGAAGGCUCAGUCAGACUCUCCCCCAUCCUCUCCUUCCCCGAUCGCAAAGACACUCAGACAUGAAAGACUUUCCAGGUUGGAAGCAGCUACAAACCCCACCCCGAGCGAGUCGUCCUACAGCGACCGUGCCUCCAGCCGCUCCAGUGCCUACAGCCGCAGGGAGAACCGCCUCGCCGCCCUCAGCAGCCGCRCAGACGACGAGAGCAACAGGGACUAUAAGAAAUUAUAUGAGAGUGCUCUGUCUGAAAAUCAAAAGCUGAAGUCAAAGCUGCAAGAAGCCCAGCUUGAGCUGGCUGAAAUCAAAGCAAAGUUGGAAAAGGCAGCCCAGCAGAAACAGGAGAAAACUUCUGACCGGUCCAGCAUGCUGGAGAUGGAGAAGAGGGAGAAGCGAGCCCUGGAGCGGAAACUCUCUGAAAUGGAGGAGGAAAUGAAGAUUUUGACAGAGCUGAAGUCAGACAACCAAAGGCUGAAGGAUGAGAAUGGAGCCCUCAUUCGUGUCAUCAGCAAACUCUCCAAAUAGGAAUCCUGAGCAAAGGCAGGACAAGGAGGGGUGUCCUACACCAGCUGCCAACCCCACCACCAAGCCCGUCCCCUGUCCUUCCCAUCCCGUACAGCAAGCGUUUCAGCCAUGGGAUCAAUGUCACACCUGCCUUGCCCUGCCCUUUGCUGUACAUUCCCUUUCUACCCCUAUUGCCCCCCGACACACCCCCUGCCAUUUUAUUUUUUAAUUUAAGCAUGUUGUGGUAUCUCGGACAUUUUAUUCAAGGGAGAAAUGUGAGGACGGGGUUUGAGCUGCCAAAACUUCUUCCAGAAGCCCAGUGUUUKGUGUUGGACUCGGACAUGAGUGGGAAGCUCCUGCUGUAAAACGUGACACCUGGAGAACUGAUCCAGCUAUCAAAGCCCUUUACAGGUGGGAAAUGUGAACACGGGCUAGGACUCUGAGGGUGCAUAUCAGCCCACCGAGAUGGGGGACUCUGGUUAAAUGUGAUGCUGUGAAAGCCACCAGAGCUCAUGUUUCUCACAGGCUGAUGAGCUGCUUUGCACAGAGACAUUCUUCUCUUGCCCCAAUAGAUUGAGUCUUUUACUGAAGAUAAGAUUUUGAGCCUGUUCAGUAAUAUCAGCAAUGACACUGUGUCAGACCCUUAUCCCUCACCCUCCCUUUCCCCCACAGCCUGGUGAUCCCAUGGUACAUGCUGUCCUUCCCGGGCUCCUGUCUCUGUUUGGUCGCACCCAGUUGUACCUGGACUUGUKUUCCUUGGGGCAGGAUGUGUCACAGGCUCUUGCCAGGCUUUCUGAAGGACAGACUUGAACCCCUGCAGAGCCUCUGCUUCCCUCACCCGUGUGUGAGUGUCAAUCACCUUGCAGGGAGCUGUGCCCACACCAGAAACCAGCUUCCCCUUCCUAACAGCCAACUGGGACAUUCUCCUGCUGCCUCCUUGAAAGCAGGGCCCUGUAGCAGAGUCUGGUCUGGUGUUUCAGGUCCCCCCCUUUGAUUUGCAGCAGGAUUUGUAGAGAGGGAAUGCCAGCAUCCUGUCCCACAGACCUGGGAAAGGUCAGGCUGUGUCAGUUCAGAUGGACCAGGAACUGCUGGUCACCAUGAUGGAAAUCUUCUAACCUGUCAAAAACUUGUGAUAAGCCUUGACCUUGAAGGAAACCUCCAGAAAUACCCCUGUUUAAUGUUACAUGCACUCAGAACAAUUUGGAAUUGUUCUUUCCAUGGGCAUUUAGACAUUGGCUCCUCUCUUCAUGCUGUGGACAUCAGGUCUGUUGAACUUCCCCUUAACAGACCCCUCUCAACCAAUACYUUCCCUCUCAGAGACAUUUUGCUGUACCCAAAACUCUCCUGUCUACAUCCUUCCUAUUUGUCCUUUCAUCCCUUUGUCCUUGGACUCCCCACUCUGUCUGGCCAAGGGCAGCAGUUCUUGGUCACUGAACCUGGAGGUGGCCAUGGAGCAGCUCUGCUGGCUCUGGCUGGGGGGACUCUCCACUGUCAGAGAGAUGACAUACUUGAACAUGAGCAGAAUACUUGAGCUUGUUCAACAGGGUAAAAUUACCGGGCAAUCCUGGGCUUUUUUGAACCUUCUGCUGGUUAUUGCCUCAGAAAGCAUCUUUAUUUUCCUCUCCCUGGGUUUUUUUUUGUAUUUUCCCCCCCCCCCCCCAGUUCUCCAUUUUCCCCCCUUCCCCUCCCUGUCCUGCCUGUUUCCACCUCUCUUGCUCUUCCUGGAGCUGCCAGUUUUCCCCAGGCAGUUCUGACCACAAGUUUCCCUGCUGCUGAGCUUUGGGAGGAAGAGACCAAAGCUGGUAAAGGCAUCAGGGGGUCUGCAGAGUACUGCCUAAGCCAGGCAUCCUUUUUAUAUUCCUUGAUUUUAACCCUGCUCUAUUUAACAGCUUUAAGUCUUGAGAUCCGGUCAAUGCUUGCCCUGCACGCCRUUCCCUCUUGGUGCACUCUUUAUGUGAAUACUUCUGCCGUUCUUGAUGUUUUCUCUCUUGGUGACCCGCUCCCCGCUUCAGCCUCGGGCUCUGGCUCCGGUCAGGAGAUCAGGGGCUCAGGAGCCCGGUCCCUUCUGUGCAGAGGAGGAGACGCUCCCCAGCUGGGCUGUGCUGGGCUGGCACCUCCGGCCACGCGUCCCAGCACGACGAGGAGGAGAGUUCAGAAUAAAGAUCCUGUUCUUCUCACAGGCGGGUUCCUGGCAGCAGGAAGAAGCCUGGUGUCUGUUUUAGGGAGAGGGUUCAGCCCAAUCYGACAAAUCCAUCCCACACUGAUGUUUUGCCCCUUCCUACCAGGACACUCGCUGCGCUUUCUCCUAAGGAACGGAGUGGAAAGGCUGUGGGAGGCUCGUUCCUCUCAGUGGCACCUUGCAAAGCCAAACCACUUUAGCUGAAGUGUCUGCUUAGCACUGAAUUCUCCCGAGCCCUGCCCAGGGGAAGGGCCCCCACGACUCAGUGUCCCUGAUUAGCCAAAGCUGUGAGCAUCUCGUGGUGAUGGCCCAACUGCAAACCAAAUUCUUGAGAAUGGAUUUUUUUUUGUCUCACUUCACACUUGACAUAAUCAGUGCACUGAGGAGGUGACAAACAGGACACCUCGAACCCUGUGCUUGGAGCAGGGUGCGGAGCUAGUAGGUUUUAAAACUGAUCCCUCUUGGAACCAGAGCAUUUGCCAGACGUGGUCUCCCUUGGGGAACACGAGCUUUUUUUUCUAAGCAAUUGCUUGGGGUGAGUUAAUUUUUAUUGCUUGGGGUGAACCCGCCUUUUUGUGGCUGUGAGUUUGAUGAUGGCUCUUUGUAAAUAAACUCCUUGGAGAAGCAGGACUGGCUGACGAGAUGGGGAGAGAAUGUAUUUUUAUGCAACUUUUGAGUGGCCUUUCAAACCCUGAGAUGAAUGAUUUGUUUUACUGGUUGUUGUUAUAUAGUAUUAUAAGUAUUAUGUGUUUGAAAGUUUGGGAAUAAUAUUCACAGCUAUGAUGCUUGUAAACACAACAGUAUUUAUAAAUGAAUAAAAUAAGAGUUGA